AGUACCAGUUUGCACUGUUUCCGCACGGCCUCUGUUACGUAAUGGACAGCUCCCCGGAUGCGGCUGUGAUUGACUAUACCAGGCAAAACGAGAUCGGAAGCCAAGUGGCGGUGCUGCAGCCCCAGUGGUCGUAGGCAGGAUGCAGACCAUAAAGUGCGUAGUGGUGGGCGACGGGGCCGUCGGUAAAACCUGCCUCCUCAUCUCUUACACCACCAACGCCUUCCCCGAAGAGUACAUACCCACGGUGUUUGACAACUACAGCGCCCAGAUGAGCGUGGACGGCCGCACAGUCAGCCUCAACUUGUGGGACACAGCGGGACAAGAGGAGUACGACCGUCUGCGCACGCUCUCCUACCCUCAGACCAACGUCUUCAUCAUCUGCUUCUCCAUCGGCAGCCCCUCCUCCCAUGCCAAUGUCAGGCACAAGUGGCACCCCGAGGUGUCUCACCACUGCCCCAACGUGCCCAUCCUGUUGGUGGGCACCAAGAGGGACCUGAGGGGCGAUGCCGAAACGGUGAAGAAGCUGAAAGAGCAGAGCCUGGCUCCCACCACCCAGCAGCAGGGAAACGCCCUGGCCAAGCAGAUCGGGGCUGUCAAAUACAUGGAGUGUUCGGCCCUGCUGCAGGAUGGCGUUCGGGAAGUCUUUGCCGAAGCAGUGAGGGCAGUGUUGUAUCCAGUCACGAAAAAGAAUCCCAAGAAGUGUGUGUUGUUGUAAUAAAAGGUUCCCCCCGAUUUAGGGCUGUGGAGAUGCAAAAGCUGAGGAGUGAACGUCGUCAUCUGGCUGCCUCCACACCACCACCAGCAGUUUGGACUUUGAUUUCAGCUCCUCUGUAACACCUCUCUUCCCCAUUCAUCUCCUGGAGGAUUUCACUCCGUUGCCAUCAUGACCAAAGUGACUGCCAAAAUGGGGGCAAAAGACCGGAUUUCCUCUAUUUUCCUUAAAUUUUAACUUUUGAUAUUCACACCGUUCUCCAAUUUUACAUCUCUUCUAGAUUUAUAGCUUCUCUGCUUUGCCUUAUAAAUGCUGAUCAUGGUCGUCACGAGCCAUUAUUACGUCGGAAACAAUUCCCUGAUUGACUGGAAAGAAGAGAUCUGCCUUAGUCAAGAUGGAGAAAUAAUGACUACCUCAUACUCUCACCUAGGUUGCAUCUCAUAAGUACCAAGCAACGUAACCACCAGAAUGCUUUGACUUGCCUAUUUAGAUGUUAUAAACAGCCGAGUAGAGGGUGAACAAGUUUUCAUUUCAAGCCGCUUGAAUUCAGACCUGACGUGGUGACUCCCAGACAAAUGCCAGUACCCCUCAACCAACAUGCACAGAUUAGAGGUUCAAUUUGUCGAUCUGCAGCUUUGCCUUGUGCUCAUUCUGCUAUGUUGGAGCUGUACGGCAGGCUGCCCUUCCUGCCUCUUGCACUGCGCUCUCACAGCCACGCGUGGAGGAGCCAGUUGGCCUUUUGAAGAUACACGGGACCCAUUAAAAGCAGCUGGCCCUUUUGCCCUCUUCAGUAAUGGGGGGGCGGCGGGGCAGGUUUUGCUAGGCCUGCGCCAAAUUAACCCACGCUGGUACCGGAUUUUUCUCAAGCUAACAUAUCAGGAGGUCAGGUUAUAUUACAGCUGUCCACGUCUUAACUCUUGAGGCUCACACAGAGUGCCAUUAAAACAUGCCUAAGAAUUACUUUUUGACAGGGUGGGGUCAAAAGGACUAUGUUGAAUUUACUCUGUAAAUGAUUUUUUUUUUUUUUUCUCAAAUGUUUUUAACCCACAAGUGCGUUUAUGGCCAAAGUUGAAUAUAUUUUUUGUAAUAGCUUAUGUUUAUUUGAUCAAUAAGAUGUUUGUGUGUAACAGUUAGUACUCCUAUUUGAUAAACCAGAACUCCACAAUGCUCCCCAUGUGAUUUAUAUUAUUGCCUUACAGUUAAGGUAAACAGACUAUGACCACUGUGUAACUCUGUAUAGCAUAUAAUACCAGAAUACGUUUUAGCUGGCAUGUCAUUUCAUCUUGUUCUAGCAGGUGAUCUACUCUAUAUAAGGAGCCCGUUAUUUGGUCAGAUGCCUUAUUAAACCAAAGACCAUAGCCGUGCUCUUUUGUUAGACCCAAAAGUUCUCAUUAUAGUCAUUCAAGUGCCACAAGUCCUUCUAUUCCAGGUCCAGAUAUUUCUAGGUUUCGUUUGUCAUUUUUCUGAAGCUUUCCGCUCCCCUUUCAGUCAGUAAGCACACUUGCACCCUUCCGUAAGGCACAGAUGUUAAACCGACAAGUCUAAGUGUGUUUGUGAAACACAGCACAUGAAGCGGGGCACUCGUGGCCCGCAGAUCAAAACGGUUUGUGGUUUACGUCUCUGCAUCACUAGCACAACUUGCACGUACGGUUAGCACCAGCUGCGUUGCCUCGUCACAUCUAAACCGUUUUCUACACUUUCAAAAAUAUUUUUAAAUAACUACUGGACGCUCAUAAGAGUUUUUCAGCUGCCAGUGAUAACCGCUUCCUUUUUUUUUUUUUUUUUUUUUUACUACUUUCAUUUACUCACUCGAGCUGGGUGUUUUUUUUUUUUUUUUAAUAAUUCACCCUAGCUUGUGGCCUGUGUAAAGUUAGCACAACCGAGGCGCGGCAACAGUGAUAUGAGAUCUGCCGAAGGAUGUGUGAAGACCGUUGUUUGGAGGGUUUAAUGUAAGUGCAAAAUAUGUCAAACUGUCAACUGCAGUGAGCUUCUUGGUUGUUGUUUUUUUUGCCAUGUCCUGAUUUCACUCGGAUAGUGCUGUUGAAGUGGAACAUACACCUGUGGGCUCUCUGUGUCCUGGAGCUGUAUGCUGCCGUGUGCGUGGUACUACGCUUUUACACUGGGAACUUGAUUUGUAGAAAUCUGUUUGUAAUUGUUUUAUAUAUAACAAAAGCAUAUUUGUAUAAAUGAACUAACAGAUGAUUUAAAUUAUGCCAAAUAAAACAGUGGUUUAAACCGGA